AUGCCAGUAGACUCCAAAGAACAGCGAUGGCUAACCAAGGCGCAGCGGGCACCCCAGUGGCUGGAUCUCCUGUAUGACUUGGUGAUCAUUGCGGUUCUGACCGUAUUCACCGUCAAUCAUGAGAUCACUGGCGGUCCAUCGACCCUCGUAUACUUCUCAUAUUUCGUCAUCAUUUGGUGGGUCUGGGCCUCGCAAGUGCUAUACGACGUGCGGUUCGAGGCAAACGACUGGGUCCACCGCCUGUUCAAGUUCUGCCAGCUAGGAACGUUUGCUUUCCUUGGUGUGACGGCGCAGAGCUUCGACCCAUCGAAUGUACUUCCACCCGAGUCGGCUGUGGAAUCAUCUGAAGCCGCACAGCAGUCGUUGGGCGCGUCAGCUUGGACGGGAGUUGCAACCUCAUACGCUGCUGGACGACUCUUCUUGAUCCUCGAAUAUGUACUCGUUCUCAUCACAACACGGCAUUACAAGCGACAUCUGCCUUCUUUGCUGGUGCCGCCGAUUGUUGCAUUCAUUUCCGGAGUUCUAUGGGCCAUCAGUGCGUCCAUGACAGGGAACGCGGCUGCCAAAGUUGCUUGCGCCUACAGUGGCCUUGGGCUCGAGGUGGAAGCGACAUUGAUGCUUCCUCUAAUGCCCCAAUACAUGAGGGCUCCGCCCGAAAUGAUCAGUGAACGCUUUGGUGCAUUAUCACUCAUCAUCAUUGGUGAAGGAAUCAUCGGCAUCAUCCGAUCUUUCAGUGCGGUCAUGGCCGGGUUUGGGUUCAGUAGUGUGGCUUAUGGGCAAUGUUUCUGUGCCCUGGUUAUUAUCACCUCCCUCUGGUACUUUUUGUUCGACGGGUUCAAUGUGGAGAUUAGGAUGGGGCGAAAGCGCGGGCUGCUAUGGAUCAUCUUCCACUUCCCCCUGCACUUCAGUAUUCUGCUGGUUCUCAUCGGAAUGCGAAACACUGCCACGUUCGGCAAUAUCACCCACGCUCUGGACAUUGUCAACCAGAACAUGUUAUCCCUUUUUGCCGACAUCGACGAGAACAAUUUCAACCAUACGUCCGCCGGUCUACAGUACAUGUCCAUUCAACUUGGGAAGCUCUCAAUCACUCCAUCAUGGCCAGAAGAGAUCCGGAAUAUCCUCGACGAGGCCUCCAAUCCCAAUAGCACCCAAGACCCUGUUGUUGAUGUUAUCCAGUACCAGGUGCAGAUUUACAUCGGUAUUGCAGCUUACUACGAUGUCCAACUAUCAGAUGACGUCUUGCACUCGGCAGAAGUGAUCAACUCCCUUAAUGGAACUCGGAAUCCCGAUUCAAGCACUUGGAAUGCCACAUAUGACGAAUAUGUCGCUUUGGGCAACGAGUUCGAUCAGGAGUACCAAACUGAUCUGGGCAACGGCGUCCUUUUCUUUCUACCAAGCGCAGGAGGCUUCUUGUUUGUCCUUUCUAUCCUUCACCUCCUCAGAAGCCUCCCCCUCGGCGGCUACAUGUGGGCGUCAUGGACUUCUCGGCUUGUUGGUGGAAUUGGACUGGGGCUUCUAGGGCUUCUCGACCUGGGUGACAAGACGCUAAAUGAGGACAUGACCUCGCCUAUAUUUGUCUAUCGACUGCAACAACGAAACUGGAUGCUGCCAGUCGUCGCAAUCGUAUACGCUGUGCUUAUCAUCUUCGACUCGCUAUUAAUGGUUCUGGCCGACCGUCAAGCUCGCCAUCGGCGGGGGCCGGUUAUCCCACAUACAGACCAAGCGGGACCUCGAGGCGCAAAUAGCUCCGUUGAGGCCCGAGGUCCGGAAUGCUCGGCACCACAUGAAGAGACAGUGCUUCCAGGGUCUGGCACUCGAGUAAAGAGUGACUACUCUUGAAUUACCUUGGAAACAUGUUUCCUCAAGUCUACACAUCGGCCCAUCGUUGUAAAAAUAGAGCUCGUAACGAGUGUCUUCUCUGACUACGCUUUCCAGUGUGUUAAUUCCCAACGACUGCGGAGGGGAAGACGAAUUCCAAGAGAAGCAACGUUGCUGACUCAGUUUUUAUUCAUAUCUCGGCG